AUGAAUUUCAAUUCUCUGCAAAGUGAUAAUGAUUUAAGAGAUAUGGACAAAAGCGAAACAGAAAUAAUAAUAAUUCUGAUUUUCCAAAAAGUAAUCAAUUUCAAAGGACAAUCUCAUCACUUACUCAUUAAUAAAAAAUCUCAUAAAACUUUGUACUACGAUACGGAUCCCUUUCUUUUCUACAUAAUGACCGAAACCGAUGAUCGUGGUUGUCACAUAGUAGGAUAUUUCUCAAAGGAAAAGGUUUCAUCCGAGGAUUAUAAUGUUGCGUGUAUUUUGACGUUACCACCUUAUCAAAGGAAAGGUUAUGGUAAAAUAAUGAUCGAAUUUAGUUACGAGUUGUCCCGAUUCGAAGGUAAAACUGGAAGCCCUGAAAAACCGCUCAGUGAUCUUGGUUUACUUUCAUACCGAAGUUAUUGGGCUGAAACAAUAUUGGAAUUAAUUAUUAGCCUGAAAACACCGGAAGGAGCAGUUCGACCUCAAAUUAGCAUAAAUGAAAUCUCCGAGAUGACAAGUAUUAAAAAGGAAGAUGUGAUAUCAACCCUUCAAUUUCUUAAUAUGAUUAACUAUUAUAAAGGAGAGUAUAUAAUUACAUUGAGUAAAGAAGUCAUUGCCAGUUUUGAGCGAAUUUCUAUUUAACAAAAAAUCUUGGACUUUUUGAAUUCUACUGUAUGGAUUUCUCUGUUGAAAUAACUUAUAAUCUCUCUCUCUCUCUCUCUCUCUCUCUCUUGUCCAAUCCAUGUC